CGGCGGGAAGCACCGCCCCCGGAAGCGGGAGCAGAGGCCCGGCGGGCCCCGCGGAGCCCCGCAGCCAUGCCCGCCUUCAGGCAGGUGGGCGAGAAGCAGCUGCCGCAGGAGGUGGUGUUCAUGUCCUGGUCCCCCAAAAGGGACCUCAUCGCCCUGGCCAACCGGGCGGGGGAGGUUUUACUUCAUCGGCUUGCAAACUUUCAACGUGUGUGGAGUUUGCCUCCAAAUGAAAAUACAGGAAAAGAAGUGACUGCUCUUGCUUGGAGACCAGAUGGCAAAAUUUUGGCUUUUGGCCUUGCUGAUACCAAGCGGAUUAUUCUGUGUGAUGUAGAAAAGCCUGAAAGCUUGCACUCCUUCUCUGUGGAGUUAUCUAUUACAUACAUGCAUUGGAUGGAAGUAACUGAGGAAAGCAGUGUUCUCACUUCCUUUUACAAUGCUGAAGAUGAAUCAAACCUCCUUUUGCCUAAAUUACCAGCUCUGCCAAAAAAUUACAGUACCACUGCAAAAAUUUUCAGUGAAGAAAAGUCAGAUGAGAUUAUGAAGCUUCUGGGUGAUGUCAGACUUAAUGCUCUUGUCCUUGGUGGCAGCUCAGGAUUUAUUGAGAUAUAUGCUUAUGGAAUGUUCAAGAUUGCUACAGUAAAUGGGGUGGCAGGUUCUUGUCGUGGACUGUGUUUGUCUAGUGAUUUGAAAUCACUGUCAGUUAUUACAGAGCUACAGAACUCUCCAGACAGCAAAGCAGAGAUAAUGUAUUUUCAGUUGGACACUAGUCUGUUAUCAAGUUACUUACCUGAGGUAACUCGAAUGGCCCGGAAGUUUACUCACAUUUCCACUCUGUUACAGUAUAUAAAGCUGUCAUUGACAUGCAUGUGUGAAGCAUGGGAAGAAAUACUGAUGCAGAUGGACUCACGACUAACAAAGUUUGUACAGGAAAAGAAUACAACCACUUCUGUUCAGGAUGAGUUUAUGCAGCUGUUGUUAUGGGGCAAAGCAAGUCUGGAACUUCAGGCAUUACUAAUGAACCAACUGACAGUAAAGGGUUUAAAAAAACUUGGUCAGUCUAUAGAGUCUUCCUAUUCUAGUAUACAAAAGUUGGUUAUAAGUCAUUUGCAGAGUGGCUCUGAGGCACUUUUAUACCACUUGAGUGAAUUGAAAGGAAUGGCUUUAUGGAAACAAAAAUAUGAGUCUCUGGGAUUGGAUGCAUCUGGAAUUGAUGAGGCUAUUACUGCUGUUGGUUCUUUCAUCCUGAAGGCAAAUGAGCUGCUUCAAGUGAUCGACAGUAGUAUGAAAAACUUCAAGGCAUUUUUCCGAUGGCUCUAUGUUGCCAUGUUGAGGAUGUCAGAAGAUCAUGUGCUUCCAGAGCUGAACAAGAUGACUCAAAAAGAUAUCACAUUUGUGGCUGAUUUUCUUACUGAGCACUUCAAUGAGGCACCAGAACUUUACAAUCGUAAAGGAAAAUACUUCAAUGUGGAGAGAGUUGGCCAGUACUUGAAAGAUGAAGAUGAUGACCUUGUCUCACCACCUAAUACAGAGGGAAACCAGUGGUUUAACUUUCUUAAAGAUAGUACUCAUCUUAAAGAAAGCCCACUUCUGUUUCCCUACUAUCCUGAGAAAUCAUUGCAUUUUGUCAAAAGGCAAAUGGAAGGGGUCAUUGAUCUGUGUUUACAAAAGCCAGCAGAUGUAAUUGGAAAGUCAGUGCAUCAAGCAGUUUGCAUAUCUCUCUACAAAGUUUCUCAAAGUGAAGAUUCCACACCUCAGUUAUUUAAGUUACCAUUUCUGUGGAAUGACAAAACAUCUAACUUACAUUAUGUUCUCUUCACCAUGUUAGAAAAUUCUAUUUCUAAAAUACACAUUUUGAGGAGACAUACUGAUACUUCCAGGUCUGUCAGUAAUGGGAUUCUUGCAGUAGAGUUUGGAAACUUCUUGAACAACAGUAUAAAUGAGAGCUCAGACUCCAGAUGCUAUAGUUGUUUGGAUGCUCACUUCUAUGAUGAUGAAACUGUAACUGUAGUUCUGAAAGAGAGUGUGCAACAAGAGGGGAAGGAGAGAGUCUUGGCUCAGCUGCCUUUAUCUUCAGUAUAUACAGAUGAGGACCAAGAUGGGAAAUCCAUUUGGGAUUCUAUGGAAAGGCUGGAUGAGCGAAGCAGUGAGAUACCCACACGCACUGUCUUCUUGGAGAGUCAGUGGAGGGUGCUGGAGAACAUGAAAGCUCAGUAUGUUUCUGUAAAUGGCAUUAGGAAAGUUUCUUGUGUGCUGAGUUCAAACCUCCGCCACAUCAGGGUGUUUGAGAUGGACGUAGAGGAUGAUGGGGAAGUUGAGGAGGAAGAGGAAGAAGAAACAACUCAGAUUGCAGCUGGAGAACCUGAUGAGCCAAAUCAGCCUGCAGAUGGCCAGGACAAUGUGUGUGAUGCAUCUGCUGAGGAACUACCUGAUGAAGCUGAAAAACAUGAGACAAGUCUGGAUCCUUGAAAUGGGCUUUGGUAAUAGAGAGGAGACAGGACUGAACUGUAAAUACUUUGUUUAAUGGCACAAAGAAAUUGUGUGUAUUGAGGAAUGAACACAAAAUACCCAAAACAAGUUCAAACUCAUCCUGGCUGCUCCAGUAAGCAGGGACACCAUCAGUACUGUCCCUGGGACUGGCAGUGAUGUGGAGUGAUACAUUUGAAAGGUCAUCUAACUAGUUAGAAAGUGAUCUGACUUCAGGCUGCCGAGAUGAUGGAUCCCAUACCUCCUCAAACAGCUGAAUCAAGCUGGAAUUCUGUAUUGCUUCUCAGCUAAGAUUGUGUUCUAGGGUACAUCUAUUGACUCUUUUCUGUCUGGCACACGGUUUGGUGCCAGCUAAAGCUUUGAAAGCUUUUCUAUUUGCCAGUUUUAAAAGGUGAAGAGAAAAAGAAAUACCAGCUGAAGUUUUUGUAGCUGUUCAGUCCUGGAUACUGUUAUAAAGAUAAAAUAAAGUUAUAUAUAAAACCAACAAAACUUGGGGCCUAAUUUUUUGCUUCUCAGACUUUGUAAUGGGUUUGAAAGUUUCCUGUAGAACCAAAAUGUAAAAUUGCAAGUCAGUGUAGGGCUAGUUACACACCAAAAUUUAGCAACUGUUAAUGAAAUGCAUAGUUUUAAAAGCUCUUUGGAUAACAUCUGUCCUUGGUAACACAGCAUUUCAAUCUAUGCAGUUCUUUAGUCCUCAGUGCAAUGUGUGUGUGCAGUGCAUGAUUUGUCAAAUGUUUGCAUGUCUCAGCCUGCCUAGUUUCUUGAAUUUGUUCCUGAAAGCCUGUUUUUCCAAUCUGGAAUUUUUGUAAUGAAAAAUUUUACCAGAGAAUAUAUUUUUUAUUCUCAUUCAGCACUGGGAGUUGUGCAUAGCUCUCAGCAUAAUCAUGUUACUUGCAGUUUAUAUAUUACUGUAGGCAUGAUGUAGUGGUAAGCAGUAGAAACUACAAACAGCAUUUAGAAAUCUAAAAUGUUUUCUUCAUCCGUUCUAGCUGCCAUUCUGAACUGACUUAAAACUCAGCUCUUUGAAUGAGCAAUGCUGCUUAAUGCAUGAUCUUCCUUUGAGCAGUGAGUGCACCUUGUAUUUGUGAGGAGGACCAAGUUUCCAUUAUGUGCUUUAAAAAUAAAUCUUGAAAUUGCUAUUUGGCAUUGCAAAAUUCAAAUACUAACCUUAUUUUACCCUCUUAUUUUGAAAUGUACUAUUUUUAAGUAACUUUUCAAAAGUGGACUUCUGAAAGUUUUGAUCUCUUUAGGGGAGACCCUGGUAAAACAAGCUUUCAGUUUUAAAAGAGACUAAGUUUUUCCCUUUCCUAACAACCUCCUUGAAAGCUGCUUGCUGUUCAUCAUUCUCAUCCAACAGGUGGUCAAGUUUCAGGGCCCAGUGAAGCUGUAGGACAGGAGGGGCAGAAAUGCCCAUCCAGAAGUGCUGUGAUUUUCUGUGUAGAGCAGGCAACUCUUACUAAAAAUUUGUUGUUGCAACAGAACCCACUUAGCUUAAACCUGGCCUUGUGUUCUUUCAGGGAACUUUUGCUUCUGAUCUGAUUUAGAGUUGUCACAUCAAGGGCUUAGAAGUAAUUGUUCUGCUGUGUUUUGUGCUAUAUAAUUUUAGUCCAUGUGCAUAUGGAAAUCUGAUCUCUCCUGCCCCAGUAGUUCCUAAAUUUGUGUUAGUAGCAGAUGUGUUCCAUGUCACAAGGGCCUGUCUUUCAGACAUCUCCUAAGGUUAUUCUGUGCACCUUUCUAGUCCAGUCUUGGAUAAACUUGAGUCAGUGGGAGCUUUGUGGCUGCCUUGGGUAAGUCCAUGUGCACAUUGUGCAUUUCUCAGUGACACAGUACAGACACACCAGUGGUCGGUGCUGCUGAAUGCAUUGCUGAUUCUUUCUGACAAGCUUUUUAAAAAAUUUGAUUUGCUGAUAGAUUUUUGUAAUAAUAAAUAUGUCAGCAAUGUGUUUAUGCAACUGUUUUCCACAGGGUGUUAAGAUGCAUUUGAUCUAGAAGUAUUUUAGGAUUUUGGUGGUGUAUGAGUGUGGUGGUUUCUCAUUUACCAUUUUGAUCUCUUAUCUCUUAUGCUAACUGAAGGCUCAGUCAACCUUUUUCUGUGGGGAGUUGUAAUUUACUGAUAGUUUUGUGGACAAAAAAAUCUCUGUAUUCUCAGCAAGCAUGCACGCAAUCCACUCUGUAAUACAAAUCUUUGUGUCUCUUAAGGAGCAUUUACUGCUGCCUCUUUUUUAAUAUCUGUUUUGCAUUUGGUAUUACUAUUUUUUUUUAAAGAUCUUGCCACAACUUUUAUUUGCUGAUCUUUAUUCCCUUUUCCAGACCUUUUGCUCAUGUCUAUUCUGCCUGAUCUCUUCAAAGUUAGUUCCAUUGCCAAGUGUGCACUUUGGUCUCUCACCAGCUGGUGCUGUUUUGCUCCACAGCCUGGACAUGCUGUGAUACCAUGGCCUCCCACUUACAUGGAGUUUGUGGCACAUUUGCAGCUUCCUGCAUAAGCAGCCCCUUGAGCUGCUCAGAAAGACAGCAGAUGGCUGUAGAGCAAUAAUGAACAAAAGCUUGCUUUAUUACAGGUUCAUGUUUGCAGAAGGGACAAGGGAUGUGUAGCUUUACAAAAUCUAUAGCUGGUCCUCAUGCUCCUUGACUUUGAAAAACAACUUACCUAAAAAAUGCCUUAGAUCCCAUUUGUAAACCUUGACAAAAUGGGAAAUCCAUCUCUGUAAGCAUUGAAAUUCCUUAGUAUGUGGGCUGUAUUAAAUAUCUGUAGUCAGAAUUGGUUCAUGUGUCUUGUUAACUACUGCAGCAGUAACAUCUGAGAUCUCUCAUGCUACCUGGAGCUAGCUGUGGCUCUUGGAGUUGGGGCUAUAAUUAUAAUCUCAAUUUCUUGCUUCACAAGCUCUUUUAGGGGAAGAGCUGCCUGAAUUUACAGUUUGCUAUGUUGCUGUUGUUGAUUAUGUAAGAAACAAGGCAAAGAGAUAGAGCCAGUGCCUUUUAAAGUUUGAAAGGAUGGACCCAGUAAUAAGAACUCUCUUAUUAAGAGUAUUAAGGUGGAGAGAAGGAACUGGAUGCAAAUAUUUUUAGCAGUGUAUCUGAUGCCUUCUCUCAGGGGCUGUUCAUGACCUAGUUGGAUGGUACCCUGAGCAACCUCAUUUAGGGAGUGGCAUCUCUGCCCAUGGCAGGGGUGUUGGAGCUAAAUGAUCCUUAAAGCCCCUUCCAACCCAGACCACUGGAUGAUUCUGUGAUUCUGGAAGACUCAAAAUACCAGUCCAGGGUUUAGGGUCAUGUUGAUUUAUCUGUGGUCUCUAUUAAGGAUUUUUAUGCUUAAUUUAAAUUGAGGGAUCUGAUGGCUUGCUCAGGAGCAAGAGCAAACCCACUGAGAGUGGGUUUGGCUUGAAAUUGCAAACCAGAAAGAAAUUGUAGCCAGAAGAGAAUGAAGAGACAUUGUGUCCCCACUUUCCUGUCUCUUCAGUGCAUUUUAUCUUUGUAGAUUACUGAUAUUUCCUUGACCUGAACCAUGAUUGCUCAGUACUGAGUGAAGGAGCAGCCUUAUCUGUCAUGUUGAGUAUAUUGACAUUAGAUGGGCACAAUCUCAUCUCUAGCCAAAGUCCUGUGCCACCCAGCCCUUAACCCAGCAAAGGGGUUAGCCUUUGGUUCUAAAGUCCUGCUGGAAGGAGUUCCCUCAGGAAGGGAGACUGCUUCCCUCCUUUCCUUCAUCCUAGCUAAAAACUGAGCUACUGAUAAAAGCAGCUUGGAAGAUGUCAGUAAACAUGCUCAUCUGAUUCUCUUCAUAGCAUUAACAGGAGAAAUAUGCAUGUCUUUACAGCCAAAGAGGAGUGGUAAACAAAAUCAAGAAAAAUGUUUACAAUUUGUUGAAAUGAAGUGCAUCAGCAGAAGUGCCAAUUACAGAUUUUGAAGAACAAAUCCAGCAGGAACUCUUAAUUGCAAAGGCUGUCUCUUAAAGUGAAGCUUUGUCAAAAUCUCUGUAGCCGUGUUUGAAUUGAGCUGCCUCGAAGAGAACCAAGGCAGAACUUCACAGCAAGUGUAUCCCUGCUAAUUAUAGGUGCAGGGAGGGGAGG